UGCUUCACGGAAGGGUUUGGCUCGUUCCGCUCAGUCAUGGGGUCUCAGCUUCUACCGAGAGCCCUCUGGGACGUCGCUGCCAUCUGGCACCUGCGGGGGCAGGCGGCAUGGGGCCUCUCUUUCAGGUCCCCUCGUUGCGGUUGCAGGCUGGGAAGUGCAGUCCCGGGGCCCGCGGAGCUCCUCCUUUUGCGCAAAACUGUUCAGAGUACAAAGCUAGCUGCUGCUGAGCUUACAGCAUUUCUUAGGUGUGUUUCCAGUAGUGGUGAGCUCGGGCAGGGCUCAGGGACGUGUGGUCACAGUAGAUCCGGUCACUGGAUGUUCCCUGUGUUUCCGAAGUCGCUGCAGCUGUAUUACCAGGUCUUGAAUUUUGCCAUGAUUGUGUCUUCUGCCCUUAUGAUAUGGAAAGGGUUGAUCGUCAUUACUGGCAGUGAAAGCCCUAUUGUGGUGGUGCUCAGUGGCAGCAUGGAACCUGCUUUUCACAGAGGAGACCUGCUGUUCUUAACAAAUUUCCAUGAUGACCCAAUCAGAGCUGGUGAAAUAGUCGUUUUUAAAGUUGAAGGCAGAGACAUUCCAAUAGUUCACAGAGUAAUCAAAAUCCAUGAAAAGGAAAAUGGGAACAUCAAAUUUCUGACCAAAGGUGAUAAUAAUGAAGUUGAUGAUAGAGGCUUGUACAAAGAAGGUCAGAACUGGUUAGAGAAGAAAGAUGUUGUUGGAAGAGCAAGAGGGUUCUUGCCUUAUGUUGGCAUGGUAACUAUAAUAAUGAAUGACUACCCCAAAUUUAAGUAUGCUCUGCUGGCAGUCAUGGGAGCGUACGUACUGCUGAAGCGGGAGUCCUAAAGCCAGCCACUUUGCCAGCAGCAAGGGACACACUUAAAGAAACCUGAUACAUGUCAGAUGUUCUCGUUUCUGAGCACAGCUACAAAAUGUGCAAGUUUUCCGCCUGUCUAAAUUGUACAAGUACCAAAUAAAGCUUUUGGCUGUUGGUUAA